AUGGGGCAAAUGACAAAUAUCAUUUCGGCCGACACGGACAAAUUCACCUUCUUGAUGCCCUACUUCAACCUGAUUUGGUCAUGCCCCUUGCAGAUUGUGAUUUGCUUCGUGAUGCUCGCCCACUAUGUGCAGUGGGCCUUGUUUGCUGGAGUUGGCGUCAUGAUCCUUUUCACGAUCCUGUCCAGCACCGUUGCAAACAAAGCUCGCAAAAUCCAAGCAGAAGCCAUGAAGGCAAAGGAUGAGCGGUUGAAGAUGGAAGUGGAGCUCUUGAAGAUCGUCAAGAUCAUCAAAUUCUAUGCUUGGGAGCUUGCAAUUGAAAACCGAGUGAAGGAGCUCAGGAACAAGGAGCUGAAAUUGCAACUUCGGUACAAGCUUUGGAAUGUGUUGCUUUUCCUUUCCUUCUCCUUGUCGCCUGUCUUGGUGGCACUGGGCACGUUCGCAUGCUACACGAUUUUGCAAAAGAAGAACUUGGACGCCGCCACUGCCUUCACUGCGUUGAGCCUCUUCAACAUCCUCUCCUUCCCACUAGGUGCCAUGCCCAUGAUGGCCCGUUUUUUCAUGGAGGCGGCAGUCGCUAAAGACCGCAUUGAAGCCUUCCUCCUUUCGCCUGAGGUCUCCAGACGGCCUUCUCCAUCAACUGACCCAAAAACGGCCGUGGAGUUGAAAUCCACGCAGUUGCAAUGGCCAGACAAGACGGUAUUGCUACAAGAGGUAGAUGUUUCUCUGAAGAAGGGCGAGAUGCUAGUAAUUGUGGGCAAGACAGGUGUUGGCAAAUCAGGGCUUCUGUACGCUAUUCUGGGCGAGCUUCCGAUUGCACCAGCAGAUGGGAAGGUCUGCUUGAGCGGUUCUGUGGGGUACUGUUCCCAGAAUGCUUGGAUCCGAAAUGCAACCUUGCGAGACAAUAUCACGAGCUCUUCAGCAAUUGGGCCUGAUUCUCGAUAUGAGGCAGUCUUGGAUGCGUGUGCCUUACGCGCGGACUUGGAUGUCUUGCCUGAGGGCGAUCAGACUUCGAUUGGCGACCGUGGCAUCAAUCUGUCAGGCGGGCAGAAGCAACGCGUGGCUUUGGCGCGUGCUGUUUAUGCCAACCCGGACAUCUACAUUUUGGACGAUGUGCUGUCCGCUCUAGACAGUCAUGUCACAACCCACAUUUGCAACAAUCUUCUUCGUGGACCGCUGCUGGCUGGGAAAACUGUGGUCCUCGUCACGCACUCGCCCAAAGCAGUGCCGUUGGCCACGCGGGUGAUGUGCUUGGAAGACAAGAAGGUGACCUUCAACGGGACUUACGAGGAGUUCAAAGGCUCUGGAGCAGUGAGCGACGAUGUGAUCCAUGACGAGCCAGAGAGUGAAGAAGCUCUGAAGGAACGACAAGUGUCUGAAAAAGGAAAGGAGGAAAAGAAGGAGGAGAAGGGAAAAGAGAAAGGUUCUGCAACAUCACCAAAGAAGGCGUCUGCAGCACCGCAAGAGGAGCGCCGCUCAGGAGCUGUCAGUUGGCAAGUCUAUGGCGCGUAUGCCAAAGCUUGUGGAGGAUGUCCAACUGUCGGCACUUUUCUUCUUGCGGUCGCAAUUUCAGAGGGCUCGAGGAACUUCUCCGAUGGCUGGUUGGCGCAUUGGAGUGGUACUGGAGGCAGUGCGGAUGGAAUCACGGUCUAUGCGUUGGCCGCUUUGGUUUGCCUCGUUACAGGCCUUCUUUACUCGACCACCCGGGUUUUGGUGGGCCAGCGCGGGUCCAGAGUCUUGCAUGAAAAAUGUCUGCACGCUUUGCUACGAGCUCAUAUGUCUUUCUUUGACCUGACCCCAAAUGGUCAGAUUCUGAACCGCUUAGCUGAGGACACCAAUAUUCUGGACUACAACUUGCCCCAAACGAUGUCUGCAAACAUCAUUUGGUUCUGGCGUGCUGCCAGCAUCGUUGUGGUGUGCAUGGUGGUUGGUUGGUAUUUGAUCUUCUUGAUGCUGCCAAUGUUCCUCUUGUAUGCUCGUUUGGCCAAGAGGUAUCUACCAGCCACACGCGACUUGCGACGGCUGGAUGCAGCUGCUCGGAGUCCCAUCUUCAGCCACUUCUCGGAGUCCAUGCAAGGCGUGUCAACGAUCCGAGCUAUGCAGCAGCAGGAUCAAGCUCUCCAUACAAACAUCAGCAGGCUGGAGACGCAGAUGGAAGCUUACUACCUCAGCAAUACGGCUGCUCGCUGGCUAAGUCUCCGGCUGCAAUUCAAUGGCACCAUCUUAGUGGGCGCAGUCAGCAUCCUUGGCAUUUUCUUGUCAACCGGCCCAAACAAGGCCAGUGCUGGCUUAAUAGGCUUGGCCAUCACCUAUUCGCUGCGACUCACUGACACACUCAACCAGGUCAACAGAGAGAGCGCUGACCGGGAAACACAGAUGGUAUCGGUUGAGCGUGUGCAGAAUUAUGUGACCAAUGUCAAGCAGGAAAAGGCAUUGCGGGUUCGAGAUUCAGUCGGGCCAUCUUGGCCAAGUCAGGGUAACAUCCAAGUUGAGAACGUCAGGAUGCGGUAUCGCGAUGGUCUUCCCAUUGUGCUUGACGGCAUUUCCCUUGAUAUCAAAGCUGGUGAAAGAAUUGGAAUCGUUGGCCGAACAGGCUGUGGAAAGUCGUCCUUCCUCUCAACAUUCCUUCGGCUGGUCGAACUCGAGGAGGGUCGCAUUACAGUGGAUGGUGUGGACAUCAGCAAAAUCGGUUUGCACGAUCUUCGAGAGAAGGUGGCGAUGAUUCCUCAGGACCCUGCGAUUCUCACUGGCAGCGUUAGGUUCAACCUGGACCCAUUCGGAGACAAAACGGAUCAGGAGCUUUGGGAGGUAAUAGAAAAGUCUCAACUGAAGCCUCGCAUCGACAGUGCAGGUGGACUGGAUAGCAAGGUUGAGGAAGGUGGCGGCAAUUAUUCAGUUGGAGAAUUGCAGCUCCUUUGCCUCGCUCGUGCUUUGCUGCGGCGUCAGGAGUCUGGUGGUUUGUUGCUGCUUGACGAGGCGACAAGUGCUUUGGAUGCAGAGACCGACCAAACAAUUCAGAAGGUGAUCCGGUCUGACUUCAAGUGCACGAUCAUUACGAUUGCCCACCGAAUCCAGACAUUGAUGGACUAUGACAAGGUUGCAGUGUUCGAGGGUGGCAAAGUCGUAGAGUUCGAUCCGCCCCAGGAGCUGAUGAAGAAGCAGUCCAAGUUUCAAGCUCUUGCCAAAGACGGUGGUGCAAUGUAA